UCAAUGUUCUUUUGUGAUCAAGAUUCUAAUCAUGAUGGAUUGUUCUCAAGUGAACAUGAUCAUGGUUUGAAUCUUGAAACUCCUAUUCUUUUGCCAAAUGCCAAUGUAUCUAAUAGUUCUAGUUCAUGCAUUAUGGAGGAUCAGAUUUUCGCUUAUACUUCUGAUCAUGAUAUUAACUCUAAUCUUUACAAUUGUUUUUCUCAAGAAAGCAUCAAUGCUUCAGACUCUCCUCCCUAUCUAUGCCACAACAAUUUCCAGUUUUGUCCUUCUAAUACACCUAUGGAGGGUGAUAGUAGCAACUUCUUGUUCCUAGCUCAAGUUUUCUCUGAUGAAGCUGAGGUGGUAGAGAAGGGUAGAACGGAGAAUUCAGUUGUCCAGUCUAUGCCAGUUGCUGGUCUGGGAAAUGUAACACCCCUCAAGAGAAAGUAUGAAAUUCUUCAACUUCCCACUGAAGGCAACACUCAUGGGAAAAUUGAUCAUAAGAAGAAAACUCGAGUUUCAAAUGACAAUAAAAACAAGAAGAAUUUGCCACCAAAGAAAAUCCAGAAGAUGACUUCUGUUAACAGAAACGAUGAUGAUAGCGAAGAGACUCAUCACAAUAAAGAAAAGUUUACUAACAAAAAUAGUGGAAAAAGAAAUGUACAAAGUUCAAGCUCUUGCAGCUCCGAGGACGAUUCGAAUGCUUCUCAAGAAUUGAACGGAAGAAAAAUCGUAACUGAGAAAACACGAGCUGGUAGAGGCGCUGCAACUGAUCCCCAAAGCAUCUAUGCCAGGAAAAGAAGAGAAAGAAUAAAUGAAAGACUCAGAAUCCUUCAGAACCUUGUACCAAAUGGGACAAAGGUUGACAUCAGCACAAUGCUUGAAGAAGCAGUUCAUUAUGUGAAGUUCUUGCAGCUUCAGAUUAACUUGCUGAGUUCCGAUGACAAGUGGAUGUAUGCUCCGAUAGCAUACAAUGGAGUGGACAUGGGUCUCUACAACAAUAUUUCACCAACAUUAUAAAUCUCACACUUUGGGAACUUUUUAUUCAUUGCCCAAUUAAAUAUAUACCAAAUCAAGAAACGAGAAGAGUUUUUAUAUAUAAUCUGACUUGUAAUUCAAAUGUAAUUACAGCCUUUAUUAUUCCGGAUCA